AAGUCAACUAUAAAACCCUGUCAUCAUGCCCGUGCGUGCCAAAUGGGCUGUCAGUAGUGAAUGGGAGUAACAAGUGGAUUCAACAGCGACACUUUCUCUGCACCGAGCUGCGCUCUGCAUCUCCCUCUCGACUAUUGCGUUGUCUGAAUAAACCCGAGGAUCAUCAUGGACUCCGAUACCAGCCGAAUGUCGACCCGGCCUUCCUCCCCCGAGGUGCACGAUAUGUUCCUGCAUGCGAUGAAGAAGCGUAUGGUGGGUUUCUCCGGUACUGUCUCGUCCACACAGAGCGACUCUCUGCCAGAGAUACCCGCGGACCUGCGGAGCCUCUCCGACGACGACGACGAUAUCACCCUGAAAAUGCUGUCAAAGAAGGACCGUAAACUGCUCUCAGAGAACGAACUGCAGGGGAUGCGGCUGAAGAUCAACAGCCGGGAGCGGAAGAGGAUGCACGACCUUAACAUCGCCAUGGACGGUCUCCGGGAGGUCAUGCCUUACGCCCACGGGCCCUCGGUGCGCAAGCUCUCCAAAAUCGCCACUCUCCUCCUGGCGAGAAACUACAUCCUGAUGCUGAGCAACUCGCUGGAGGAGAUGAAGAGGCUGGUCAGUGAGUUCUACGGCAGCGGCCACCACAGCAGCUUCCACCCCUCCGCCUGUGGUACCAUGGCGCACACCGGACCCCUGCCCGGUCAUCCGGCCGUUUCCCACGCCUCCCACCCGGUGCACCACCCACUUCUUCCCCCGGCGGUCUCCACGGUAGCCUCUCUCUCCACAACGGGUCUCACCUCGAUCAGACCCCACCAUGGACUCCUGAAAGCGCCCUCGGCCGGCCCGGGCCCCCUGGGCAGCAGUUUCCAUCACUGGGGCGCGGGGAUGCCCUGUCCGUGCAGCAUGUGCCAGGUGCCACCACAUGUUUCCGGCAUGAGCGCUGUCACCAUGUCCAGACUGACGAGUGACUCUAAAUGACUUGAACUCUUAUCAUAAAAGGAGAUGGGGAAGAAAAGGGAAAUUAACUUUCGGUUGAAGACGUCACCGUGUAUCUCAGUCCAUAUCAACACGUUUUUAUUUUAUUCAUCUGUUGCUGAAAUAAGCUUUGGUUUGAGCCAGCAGAAAUGCAUUGCUUUAGAAAAUUGGAGCAGCGCUACUUACUUACCAUUUUGUAACAUUAUUUAGCAAAAUGUAUAACAGGUGCUUAUGACACAUUUUCAUAUUCAGUAAAGCCCAUCAGUUCACUGUAUGCAAACUGGUCUUACAUUGUGGCUGACAGGAAUACACAUCAUAUGAAGGGCAUUACUGAUGGCAUUUAAUGUAAUGUUCUCGAUCAUUAUUGAACUUUAGACUAGCCCAUUCCAAGACAGAAUAAACUGAAGUACAAUAUUUAGGUAUAGUAUACUGCAUGAGAACACAAUGGUAAAUGUAGAUUGUAAAUAUGUAGAUUCAGAAUGCUGUUUGUACGAGAGAUUUUAUAUCAGGCCCUUGGUUAAUGUUUGGAUUGACCCCUUUAGCCUGUGUCUGCUUUCAGCCAUGGUACCAUGUUUCUCCCUCUGAUACAUUUAUUUUUAUUUUUUAUUUUUAGUCAUUUAGCAGACGCUCUUAUCCAGAGCGACUUACCGUUAGU